AUGCCUCCAUCUGUGCGAACCAAAACACACCAGAAACACACCAGCCCCUUGAGAAUGAAUCGCGACCAACAUGAAAACGGCAUCGUUUUGACCCAUCCUCUCUCUCCCAGCGGCGAUGAAUCGCGUUCCGAUCUACCGGAAGAACUCAUCGUCGAGAUCCUCCUGAGACUUCCGGUAAGAUCUCUCGUUCAAUUCAAAUGCAUUUGCAAAUCAUGGAAAACCUUAAUUUCAGAUCCUAAAUUUGUAAAGCGUCAUCUUCAAAUUUCAAGCGCAGAACCAAAUUUAAUCCACUUGUUCUUUUCUCAAUUGAGUGAACCCCAAAAAAUCGUAUCUUACCCUUUAAAGCCAUUAUUCCAGAACAUAUUACCUCCCGUUAACUCCAGCGGGAUGAUGAAGAUGAAGAACCAAUAUUGGAUUAUAGGUUCAUGCAAUGGGUUGUUAUGUAUGUAUAAUCGAUAUCAUCAUUGUGUCAAACUGCGCAACCCUUCUAUCAUGUUCAAAUCCAAUAAAUCGCCAAGAGCGGUUUCUUUUGAAUGGAUGAACAUUCUAUACGGAUUUGGAUUUGAUCGAGUUAAUGACAAGUACAAAGUACUACUUGUUGUGCGAAAUAAGAAUGAUCCAAAUCAAAUUUUGACCAGAGUUUAUACCUUUGGUCUUGAUUCUUGGAAAACCAUUCCCAAUUUCCAGAUUACACCCACUGGGCCGUUUAGUUUGUUAGGGAAAUUUGUGAGUGGCAAUCUUAAUUGGAUUGCUAAAAAAAGAGUUGUUAGUGUUAGUUCUAGUCAGAUUGUGAUACUGAUACUUUCCUUUGAUCUGGAGAAGGAGACUUGUAAGGAGUUGUUGCUGCCUCAACAUGACGGUGACAAAGUCUAUGGACAUACUCUCUAUGUUUUGAGUAAUUGUCUUGGUGUGUGUUAUGAGACUAACAAAACUCAUUGGGUUGUGUGGUUGAUGAAAGAGUAUGGAGUUGUUGAGUCAUGGACUAAAUUCAUGAUCAUCCCUCUUGAUAAGUUCAACAAGCCACCUGCUAUUGUUAUUCCCGUGUUCGUUUUGGAAAAUGGUGCUGUUCUUCUAGUCAACAAAUAUACUUCUCAAUUUGUUUUAUAUGACUUAAAUACUGGUGAGUUGGACUAUUCAUUGGAUUAUUCAUUGAAAGGUAUCAGCAAUUUUAGGCACAAUCUGCAUAUUUGCUGUGAGAGUCUUGUAUCCCUCUGA